GUUGGUUAUUAAGUAAAAGAGGAAGUUUAGAUGAAGGUCUUAAUUUAAUUGAACUUGGAAGAAUUUCAAAUCAGUCACGUUUAGAAAAGGCAGAAUAUUUUCAUUUCUUGGGUAAAGCCAAGAUUUUGAAUUUCACCAACAUGCUUUUGCAACAGAAUCGUUUGAUAUUUGAAAAUAUUCAAGACUCGG